GGACUUGUCAUCAAACCGGCAAAGAAAACACAGCUUUCAGUAACCCGCAUAGAUUUGAACGAGUUUGCCGCAACUCCAUCACACACAAAUUUUUUUGCUUCUUCUCUGUUUCUUCAAGCAAUUCCUCUCUGUAUUCUCUAUCAAUUCCUACCUGAAAACCUCCGUUUGUUUUUUUAUAUUCACGCUCGUCAAGCCUAAACUCUAAGGAACCUCCACAACUACCUCCCAUACGACGUUCUAACCAUUAAAGUCCUCAUUUAUACAGCCUUUUUUUUCCUUCUCUUUGGAACCAAACCCGGAAGACCCAUUUACGUCCUCGUCCGUUUUCUACUCAGACAUUACGUUUGCGGGUAGCAAAAUGAGGAUUUGGGUGUGGGUUUUUCCUGUUCUUAUCGUCUCUGGUUUUGUUUGGAGGGUUAGUGCGGACCAGAAUGUGCGUACAGAGCGAAUUUCAGGAAGUGCUGGUGAUGUCUUGGAAGAUGAUCCAGUAGGAAGGUUGAAAGUUUAUGUAUAUGAGCUUCCUAGCAAAUACAACAAGAAGCUUCUACAAAAGGACCCAAGAUGUCUGAACCAUAUGUUUGCCGCUGAGAUUUUUAUGCACAAGUUCCUCUUAUCAAGUCCUGUUCGAACCCUCAAGCCUGAAGAAGCAGAUUGGUUUUAUACCCCAACAUACAUCACUUGUGACCUUACACCAACUGGCUUGCCAUUGCCCUUCAAGUCUCCACGAAUGAUGAGAAGCGCAAUACAGCUCAUCUCUUCAAACUGGCCCUAUUGGAAUCGAACAGAAGGGGCUGAUCACUUCUUUGUUGUGCCCCAUGACUUUGGAGCCUGCUUUCAUUAUCAAGAAGAGAAAGCUAUUGAGAGGGGCAUUCUUCCGUUACUCCAUCGUGCUACCUUGGUUCAGACUUUUGGACAACGGAACCAUGUGUGCCUAAAUGAGGGUUCAAUCACUAUUCCUCCAUAUGCUCCUCCUCAGAAAAUGCAGGCCCGCCUGAUUCCCCAAGACACCCCUAGGUCCAUCUUCGUCUACUUUCGUGGAUUGUUCUAUGACGUCAACAAUGACCCAGAAGGUGGUUAUUAUGCAAGAGGUGCAAGGGCAGCAGUUUGGGAGAACUUCAAAGACAAUCCACUUUUUGACAUCUCCACUGAACACCCAACCACAUAUUAUGAAGACAUGCAACGAGCUAUAUUCUGUUUGUGCCCUCUGGGAUGGGCCCCAUGGAGUCCUAGGCUUGUUGAAGCAGUGGUGUUUGGUUGUAUUCCUGUCAUUAUAGCAGAUGAUAUUGUCUUGCCAUUCGCUGAUGCCAUACCAUGGGAGGAAAUUGGGGUGUUUGUGGCGGAGGAAGAUGUCCCUAAUCUGGAUACAAUUCUUACAUCCAUACCACCACAAGUAGUUCUAAGGAAGCAGAGGCUGCUUGCAAAUCCUUCAAUGAAAAGGGCAAUGAUGUUCCCACAGCCCGCACAAGCGGGAGACGCUUUUCAUCAGAUACUGAAUGGGCUGGCUCGCAAGUUGCCACAUGACAAGAGCACUUUCUUGAAGCCUGGUGAAAAGAUUUUGAAUUGGACCGCAGGACCUGUUGGGGAUCUCAAACCUUGGUAAUGGAAGCAGGUUGGACUAAGUUACGCUUACGCAUUGUGUUAUGUACCAUGAUUUGUUUUUUGUGUAGUCCUCGGAUGAACCGAGAG